GCGGUGGCCAUAGACGAGAGGCCGUACUUAGUGGCCUCGCCGAGCAGCCACAGGGACCCCUCGGGCAAGAGCAACACGCACAAGGCCAAGCAGGUGGCCAUAGACGAGUUGCCUUACCUGACGAAGUCGUCGGACGACUGGCCGUGGAGCAGGACUCGAGGUCGGAAGAGCAACGUCCACGAGGCCGCGGAGGCGGCGGAGGUGGCCGUGGGAGACGAGGUGCAAGCGGCGCCCGUGCCUGCGGAGGAAGAGGCGGUGCCGAAGAUCACGGAGAGCGACUUCGCAGACCUCAAGGCGGUGGCGACAGACACUCCUGGCAACACCGCCAGCGGGUCGGCGCCGACCGCGGCGGAGCUGCCGCAGAGCUCCGACGCCACCGAGCCCGCCGCCGCCGAGCCCGCCGCCGAGCCCACCGCCGCCGACAGCGCCGGCGGCGCCGAGCCGGAGGCCAGCGCCGAGCCGGAGGCCGCCGCCGAGCCCGCGGGCGCCGAGGCGGAGGCCGGGGCCAGGCGCACCAGCGAGGACUUCGAGCACGACCUGCAGCCCCUCUCGAAGCUGCAGGAGGAG